UCACUCUACUUGUAUACUCUUCGCCUCUUUAGAAUUUCUCUCAUGGAAGAACUUCUUCACUAGGCUAAAAUGAAAGUGCUUGCAUUUUUUGUUCAUUUCCUGUUAGUGGUGGUUGCAGUUACAGGCAAUGCUCUUUCGUUUUCCACCAUCACCAGAGGUUCUCCUAGUGAUGACAGACCAUCCAGACUACUCCAUCACUAUGGCUAUGGCCCUCCACCACAGUAUAUGCAGCCGCCCACCUAUGGAUCUCCACCCUCCCCCAUUUAUUCUCCACCAUCACAUGGACGUUCACCACCUAGCUUAACACCACCCCCUCUUAGGUAUCCUUCACCACCCUCUCAAUAUCCACCACCACCCUCCUCUCAAUAUCCUCCGCCUAGCCCCCCACUUUCUCAACGUCCCCCACCUAUUCAAAGGCCUCCUUCACGUCGUCCACCUACUCAAAGGCCUCCUUACGGGUAUCCUCCACCAUCGGACGGACGGCCACCACCCAUGCAAACACCACCUACUCAAAGGCCUCCUUCACCUUCUCAAGUAUAUACACCACCACCUUUGCAUCGUCCACCUCCCAUUCAAAGACCUCCUCAUGGAUAUACUCCACCUUCAUAUGGACGUCCAUCACCAGUCCAAACGCCACCUUCUCAUCAUCAACCACCCACUCCAAGGCCUCCUCAUCAGGGAUAUACUCCACCUUCAUAUGGACGUCCACCGCCAGUCCAAACGCCACCUUCUCAUCGUCAACCACCUGCUCAAAGACCUCCUCGUGGAUAUACUCCACCUUCAUAUGGACAUCCACCGCCAGUCCAAAGGCCACCUUCCCAUCGUCAACCACCCACUCAAAGACCUCCUCAUGGAUAUACUCCACCUUCAUAUGGACGUCCAGCACCAGCUCAAAGACCACCUUCUCAUCGUCCACCGCCCGUUCAAAGACCUCCUUAUGGAUUUACUCCACCUUCAUAUCCACCACCAGUCCAAACGCCACCUUCUUAUCGUCCACCACCUACUCAAAGGCCUCCUCAUCAUGGACAUGCACCACCUAUACAAACACCACCUUCUCAUCGACCACCACCCACUCAAAGACCUCCUCAAUAUGGAUAUACGCCACCUUCUUAUAGACGUCCACCACCAGCCCAAACACCACCUUCUUAUCGUUCACCACCCACUCAAAGGCCUCCUCAUCAUGGAUAUACCCCACCUUCGUAUGGACGUCCACCACCUGUUCAAACACCACCUUCUCAUCGACCACCACCCACUGAAAGACCUCCUCAUUAUGGAUAUAGCCCACCUUCUUACGGACGUCCACCGUCCGCUCAAAGGCCACCUUCUCAUCGUCCACCACCCACUCAAAGGCCUCCCCAUGGAUAUACUCCACCUUCUUAUGGACGUCCAUCACCUGUCCAUACACCACCUUCUCAUCGACCACCACCAAUUCAAAGACCUCCUCCUCGUGGAUAUACUCCACCUUCACAGGGAUAUACACCACCUUCUUAUCUUUCACCACCGAUUCGAAGGUCUCCUCCUCGUGGAUAUACUCCACCUUCACAGGGAUAUACACCACCUUCUUAUCGUUCACCACCUAUUCGAAGGUCUCCUCCUCGUGGAUAUACUCCACCUUCACAGGGAUAUACACCACCUUCUUAUCGUUCACCACCUAUUCGAAGGUCUCCUCCUCGUAGAUAUCCUCCACCUUCGCACGGACAUCUACCACCCACUCAAACGCCACCUACCCAUCGUCCACCACCCACUCGAAGUCCUCCUUCUCAUGGAUACACACCACCUGCAUAUGGACGUUCACCACCCACCCAAAGAUCACCACCUUCCCAUGGAUAUACACCGCCACCUUCUCGACGCCCACCACCUUAUGGAUAUUCGCCACCCUCUGGAGCAACACCACCUGCAUAUGGGUUUCCACCACCUUCAUAUGGAUAUGCACCACCAACACCGUACUGAAGGCCAUUGAAGUGGCCAUAACAAAUGCACGGAGUUUGAUACAUAACUAAGAUACUUUUCUUUCAGUUUCUAAUCAAAUAUCACAUAAAGGACCGUAUACAUUUUCCUGUGCACUUGUUUUUUCAUGUAAACCGUUUCUCUUGUUCUUUGUUCUUUUCUCCUGUUGUAACCACUGUUAGAGCAUUCAAAAUGCUAAACAUUGGGGUGUUGUAUCAACUGUAUAGCCACUGCUAUAUCAUUGUGUGGCAUAAUAAAAAUAAUUUGCUCCUGUCA